AUGGCCACCACCAAGAAGCGCACCGUUCUCAUCACGGGAUGUUCUGAUGGCGGUCUCGGUGCCGCCCUCGCCCUGGCCUUCCACAAACGGGGCGACCGUGUCUUCGCAACGGCACGCACUCCCUCGAAAAUGGCGUCCUUGCAGUCCGUCGGCAUCGAAACUCUGCCCCUGGAUGUCCUCUCCGAAGACUCCAUCAGGUCCUGCGUGGAGAAAGUGUCGUCCCUGACAGGGGGCACACUGGACAUAUUGGUCAACAACGCUGGGGCCGGAUUGAACAUGCCCGUCCUUGAUGUCUCGAUGGCUGAGAUCCAGCGACAGUUCGACAUCAAUGUAUUUAGCGCCAUUCGGAUGAUACAGCUGUUUUUCCCGCUGCUUCGCAAUUCGACGGCGGAGAGCAGGAUGGUGGUGAACAAUAGCUCCUGUGCUUCGGUUCUAGCCCUGCCCUUCGCGGGGCCAUAUUCGGCUUCAAAGGCUGCCCUCUCCAGUUUCAGCGAGACGUUGCGGCUUGAAAUGCAAGCCUUUGGGAUCAAAGUCGUCGAUUUACGAACCGGGGGGGUGAGGUCGAAAUUCUUCGACAACGCCAACAGCGAAAUGAGUGCCAGCUUACCGGAGACGAGUCCCUACACACCCGGCAAGGACGUUGUGGAAAGAUUUCUUGAUCGAGGGCCGCAAGUGAGUCUCAUGGACACAGCCGACUGGGCCAACAGAGUGGUGAGGGAUUUAUCCAAUCGUGGCGGAAAAGGGGCCCCGCAUCAGAUCUGGAGGGGUCAGGGAGCGACGUCCGCAUGGCUCGGAACAAGCGUAUUGCCUGUUGGAUGGCUCGAUGUCAUGGUGAAGAAGCUUUCUGGGUUAGAUGUUGUGGAGAAGAGGAUAAAGGGGGAGAAGCAAAAGAUGGUACCUUCAUAG